AUGGUUAACAAAUUCCACUCCAAGUUCUUUCAAGUGGCGGAGAAAGUGACCACACUUACAUUGUGUAAAGAGAAGCAACAAGAAAGUGAAGACAUCCUUGACUAUGUCAAAAGGUUUCAGAACAAGGCCGUGGAUUGUCAUGAAGCAGUUGAGGAGAGUUAUCUGGUUCAAAUUUGUCUAGAAGGGGCAUUGAGCAGGUACCAAAUAUUUCUAGUUAAUCACAAGCUACCCACCUUCUCAGCAUUAAUAGAAGCAGCUCGGAACAUUAGCAUUCCUCAGGCUCAGGAGUCCGGAUUUAAGGCCAGUUACAAGACUAGCUUCAAAUCGUCUCGUGGACAUAUUGUUGUUGCUGCCUCUGCCCCAGAUACCCGAAAGUCACAAGGAGGAGGUCAUAGAGGCCAGAAGAGAAAGCAAUAUAAUGGUGAAAAGGGGAAUGUUUCUUAUCCAUAUGGAAUCGAGGAAGUAAAAACUCUAGUUAAGGAAUGGGUGGCUGACGGAGAGCUAAAAUUGCCUUAUGUUGAAGAAAUGCCAUCAAAAAAGGACCGCGAGAGCCCUGAAUUUUGUGUCUACCAUCGUACAUUGAAACAUCCGACAGAGAAGUGUUGGACUCUCAGGAAAAUCUUCAGAGAUAAAGUUGAGGCAGACAAAUUGAGGUUCAAAAGGCAAGGGACUCAAGAUAUCCGAGAACAACCAUAUCCUCAGCACCAAGACAAUGGCAAGAAUGUUGCUAUGAUAGCUUAUGAAGGCCCGAUGAUUGAGGCUAUCGCCAAUCUUGAUGACGAUGAUUAUUAUCUAGACGACAUCCUCGAGCCAGAGGGUGAGCAAGUUUACUAUGGAAGUGCUCUCAAUCCAGAGGGCAGAACAUUUAUGACUCAUGGCGAAGAUCCCUUUGAUCCAGAAGGAGGAGAAGAAUACUAUGGAAGAGGAGGACACCAUGUUUAUGUAGCAUCUUAUUUUGAAGAGACCGAGGAGAUGGUUAACUACGAGCCUCCAAGAGUGGAAAAAGAUACGGAUCACUAUGCCAAAACCCUGCAAGACUGUGUAAAGUUCAAACAGUUCUUUGACCAGCUUGGACUUUCCAGGGAGGCAAGAACGGAAAUCACCAAGUCUAUCAUUAAUAUAGCCGAGGCACACCAUGAGGAAUGCAUGUCGACUGAGGGGUCUAUCCCGAGGAAGGCAAAAGAGCAAUCUAGUGCCAUUACUUUCUCCGAGGCUGAUCGAAAGUAUCCUUUUUCUCACAAUCGCCCGCUUUAUGUGACUGCUUUUAUUAACGGGGUUGAGUUCAAAAGGGCCUUUCUAGAUAGUGGAGCCUCUAUCAACAUUAUGACUCGCGCUACUCUAAAAAAGGCCGGAAUCUCUAAAGAACGCAUUGUGAAGCAGCCGAUAGUCAUCACUGGCUUCGGUGGAGAAAGGAGAGUUACUAUCGGAUGCGUAACAGUUGAUUUAGCCGUUGGAGAGAUUCGCUCGGCCACCAAGUUCCAUAUUAUCGAUUCUGAGGCAAAUUAUCACAUCAUUCUAGGGAGGACCUGGAUGCAUAGAUAUGGGGCUGUACCAUCAAGUUAUCAUCAGUGUGUUAAGGCUAAAUGGGGAAAGAAGACGGUGACAAUUCAGGCUACAGAAAGGCCGUUCGAGAUCCAUGAAGCUCAUUAUUCUGAUGCCAUCAGUUACGCCAAAGGGGUCAAAUGGACAUGA